UCACAUUUUUUUCGCUUAUACUGAAAUUUAAAACCGAUCUCCAAAAUUUACUUUGACAACUACCUUAUUAUAAUCCAAAAAUUGGGAUCAACCCAUGUUACAUAUAUAAAAAACCUAAAAUCUCAAACCCACCAUAUAAUAAAAAUAAAAGAACCAAAGAAAUAAAAGAAGCAAGUAAAAUAACUCACCUUUUACAACCCCAAAAGUGAAAUCUUGAAAAGAGGUGUAAUGGUAGUUGAAUUAACAUCAACACAAACAUUAAACUCCAACAAGAAACCAAACAAACUAAGAUCUAUCAGAUUUCCAAGACUGUCUUUCUUGAAAAAAACAUCCUCAAAGUUCUCAAAAUCCAAGUUUUCUUGUUUCUCCAUUGAUCCAAAAAGUGAGCAACUAAGUCCAGUACACAAAAUGCCAGAUACAUCACCAAAUUAUAUGAAGAUUACAACUAGCUAUGAUGCCAAAAAAGGAAGCAAUUCUCAGAGAGGUAUUGGAUCAAUAGAUGUGAUUUCAGUUGAUUCAUGUACACAAAAAGAGGAUGACAAAAUCAAGAACAGACCAGUGAUGACAAAAAUAAUGAAGAAUUUUGGUAGCACAAGGUCAUUUAGAAGGAGGUCAUCAAGAUCAAUGACAACAAUCAAGAAUCAUAGUCAUCAAGAUCUAUCUGAUUCAGUUGAUCAUUACAGAAAAUCAACAAGUUGUUCUGAAGGUAAAAGUUGUUCUAAUUCAAGUUUACAUCAUAGUUGUGAAUCUAGCUUUGAUAGUAGUGAUCAAAGCACGAGUCCGCGAAAAUAUUCGCAGACUCUAUCAAGGACAACUAGUAUGAGGAGUGUGAAGAUUUUGAUAAAUAAAGCUAGUUUUAAAUCCAAAAGGCGUAGUUCAAAAUGCUGUCAAAUUCCUGAUAAGGCGACGUGUUCAUCGACUAUUAAGGAUUCUAAGUUUAAGGAACAUGUUGAGUUUUAUCCUGGGGAAAGUGAAUCUGAUAGGAUUUCUAAGUUCAAAGUUUGUUCAUACCAUCAUUGUUCUCUCCAUGGAGGACAUUAUGAUGAUCCUUCACCCCCGGUGAAACGCGUGUAUAGGAGGAAAAGAUUGUUGAAAUCACAAAAGAGCAUUAGAGCAAAAAGAGAGUUUAGUACUGUUGAUGAAAAUGCACUUCUUCAAAAUAAUACUCAAUUGAGCUCUAGUCUUGAUCCUUCAGUUUGUGAACAAAGCAGUGGUACAGAAGAUGUUGGUGUCUUCGAUGUAAACGAGGCGAUUCAGCAUGCUGAUCUUACCAAGUAUUCUGCACAAGAGCAGGGCAGCCUACUUACUGCUUCAGAGUGUUGCAAUUGUAUGGCACGAGGGCGGAGUGACUCAAAAGAUGACAGUGUUGCAGCAUCAGUUGCAUCUGAUCUCGUGCAGGAGAGAAAUCUUCCGGUUCUCUUAAAGCAAGACAAUAGUGUGUCUACGUCUGUGGAGGCCGAAAGUAGCAAAAGAGAACUGUCUAAAGAGGGACCAUUCACCAUCAGCACGAGGUCGGUGUUUGAUCUUUUUAACGGAGCAAAAUGUGGCAAUGAGACAGCAUCAGCUGCUACAUCUGGUAACGGUGAAAGUAACACCAGAGAAGUGAGACCGGUGUUUGAUAUUUUUUAUGGAGCGAAAUGCAGCAACGAAAUCUCUUCUGUUUCAGCUAUCGAUAUGCAGGAGAAGGAUGUCAAAGCUGAUCCGAACGAGUACCUUGAUAGCACAUCAGCUCGAGUUAUGGAUUCCGAAUCCAAGAAUUGUCCUCCAGUCGAAGUUGUUGAACCCAAGAAGAAGUAUCUGAGCAUGUGGAGUCUGAUUCGUAGGCAUAUGGUCUUGGAUGCAUCUGCAGAAAGUGAGAACAAGCCGUCCGCUGGAGCUAACGAUGAAGAAAAUCAACAGGAUGGUGCCAACAAAUCUCCUUCAGCUGAAGGUUCCGGCUCGGGUUCAGAUUUUGCUGAAAGAGAAAUGAUACCUGCAAAUGAGGAUGCAGAAAGUCAAGAAAUUGAACUGAGGAAGCUUUUCACUAUCAAGCUAGUACGAGAAGCAAUCGAGAAAAUUCUUCUUCCAGAAGUUCAAUCCGAUAACCAAUCAGUUACAAGUGAGUCGAGUGCAGACCAAGAAUCUUCCGAAAUAAGUCACAGCGAAGACGUCAAGAAUGAGGAGGCGGACGCAGGAUCCAAGUCAAAAACUCCGAACACAGAAGACAGUGGCGGCUCAAAAGAGGAGAUAACACCAAAAGAAGUGAAUUCCAAAUCCCACAAGAGAGCACCAAAACACUGGAGCAAUCUCAAAAAAUGGAUACUCCUUCAACGGUUCGUCAAGGAAUUGGAAAAGGUUAGAAAGAUCAAUCCAAGGAAGCCGCGUUAUUUGCAGUUGAAUCCUGAUCUUGAAGCAGAAAAGGUGAAUUUAAGAACUCAAACAGCUGAUGAGAGGAAACGAGGAGAAGAAUGGAUGCUUGAUUAUGCACUUCAGCAGGCGAUAAGUCAACUUGCUCCGACUCAGCAAAGGAAAGUGGAACUUCUUAUAAAAGCCUUUGAAACUGUGGUUCCACCACAAGGAGAUAAUAGCCAGAUUGCAUUUCCUAAGCGAAGAGCUAGCGGUCAAGAACAUUUGCAGAUCGCAAGUGAGCAGAACGAAUUUGUGCCUCGUAAGGCAGAGAAAGUUCUUGCAGGUAUAGACAGAACGCGUGAAGAAAAUGACUGCUCUAUGUACAAGAAUCAUGAUGAUCGACAGUCUAUACUUAGACAAAAGUCGGAUGAAGUGACAAGCACCUUGAGUGAUGAGGCUCAGGUGGAAGGAAAAGCUCGGAAGGAAGAUCAGGAAGAUAGGUCAAAUGAUUCUAGCAAAGAAAUCCCCUCUUCUGUCUCAAGCUUAACCAAUGCAGUUGAUGGAGCAGAAGAUGUGGAGCUUGCGCAUCAUGAUGGCAUUAUUAGUGAAACAUCUAAUACAGCGCAGAGCUCAAUUGCAGAUGGCGGAAAAGACUCACUCACUGAAAUGAGCAUCCGGAGUUCAACUUCAGCCAAUGAUGCAGCAAUGCAAGAAAAUGUAGUUAUGGAAGCGACAGCAAAAGAAUGUGCGAAAACACCUAAACGUGGUCGGGGAUUUUCUCUCUUGCUAUCAAUGUCUGAUCCCAAAGAAGACAAUGGAGCAUCCAAGGGUCAGGCGGAAAAACGUAGUUACAUCAGCAUGUGGCACAUGAUAUCACAGCAUGUUCUAUCAGACGUUGCAUCAAAAGUUGGAAAUGAACUGCUCGAUGGAAUUGACGAUGAGGUAGAAGAUAGCAGUACACCGGCUGGAAGGAAACCAUGCAACUCUCUCCAGGAUUUCUCCGAGACAAAGGAUGAUGCAGAGACAAGCAGUGAAGAUCAUAAUCCAAGGCAACAUGGGAGAAAUUUCUGUAGAGAUGAUGCUGUCAAACUCAUAAGAGAGGCAGUUAACGAGAUCCUUACAACGCCAAUUCAAGAUGAUUCAUCUGAUACACAGUCAGUCACCAGUGACAUAAUCCCAGACCAGGAACUCUCGGAGGCUGAAGGUGAAGUGAAUAAUAGCUCAACUUCUACAGAAAGCUUGACUAGUCUUGACAUGACUGAAGGUGGAAAGAUGUUGGAUCAAGAAACGAAGGACCCAAAAGAAGAGAGAGCCCUUCCACUAAUAGCGAACAAACCUGAGACACAAAAGUCCAAGAAUUGGAGCAAACUGAAGAAACUGAUCCUCCUCAAGAGAUCGAUCAAGGCACUGGAAAAAGCGAGGAAAUUCAACCCUCGGGCACCUCAGCUUCUUCCCGUUAGACCUAAUCAAGAACCAGAAAAAGUGGCCUUGAGGCAUCAAAUGACAGAUGAGAGGAAAAAAGCAGAAAAAUGGAUGCUUGAUUAUGCAAUGCAGAAUUUGGUCACCACGCUAACUCCUGCUAGGAAAAAAAGAGUGGCAAUGCUUGUGGAAGCAUUCGAAGCAGUUGUUCCGCUCCCAGAAGUGUGAAUUCAACCAAGUUAGAUUGGUGGCAAAUUCCUUCACUACUUGUAUGAAUUAUCAAGGUGAGCAUACGUACUUAUAUUCAUUCUAGUUCACUUAUUGUCACGAAUGAACCUAUAGAAAAAGGACACUCUGAGGUCACUAAACGUUGUAUAGGCCGAUUUAUGUAGUUGUACAUGCUUUUGCUACACGUGGGGCUACAAAGAACAGUUAGAAAGUCACUAAACGUUGAUAGUGAGAGUGAUGAAUGAUUAUUGAUUGAAUUCACCAUAUGAGAAUUGCUCAUUUUUGGUGACUAAUAUGCAGGUUAUAUACAGUGCCUACACAAUUAUAUACAGAAGCAACUUUUCAGAAUGUUGAUUGUGUGAGAUGGUCAUCGACUCGUCGUGUAUUUGCACUAGCUUUCAUUGAUUUUCUUCAGCAACAAUUAGUAGGUAGCAACUUGCUGUAAGGGUGCAUAUAAGAUUUUGUAUACAAAAGUAGAUAGGCUCUAUUAUACUUUCUGUUACACAGUGUAUUCUAUAUUAUUGUGAAUUUUACUAUCAGCUCUGAGAAUGGUUAUUUAUACAUCUCAUUGUGAAGGA